AUGAGGGAGGUGUGGACAGGGAUGAAGGAGAUCACCGGGUGUGGGGGGAGAAGAGGACAAACACCAGGGAGCCGGGAGAGAGCAAACGAGCUAAACUGUUAUUUCAACAGGUUUAGCUCACAGCCAUCCCCUGCCUCCUCCACCACAACCCACCAGCCCCCCACACCCCCUCUUUGCCUCCUCCCCCCCACCUUCUUUUGUUCCAACAUCUCCCUUCGCACUCCCUCGCCCUCCUGCAUGGUAAUCCAGGGAGAGGAAAGUAUUGCUCACUGUGUUCUUGUUGUCUGUCUCUCUGCAGUGUGCGGUAUAACUCCGCUCAACACCAGGAUUGUUGGAGGACAGAUCGCCCUUGGGGGGAGCUGGCCCUGGCAAGUCAGCCUGCAAUCAUCUGGGAGGCACUUCUGUGGAGGAUCCCUCAUUAACAAUGGAUGGGUGCUGACUGCUGCUCACUGCUUCCCAAGCAUCCCAGCCGAUCUGACUGUGUAUCUGGGUAUCCAGAGUCUACAGGGACCCAACCCCAAUAGGGUGUCUCGGACAGUAACAAACGUCAUCAGACAUCCUAACUAUGACCCCAAUACUAAUGACAACGACAUCUGCCUCCUGAAGCUCUCGUCACCGGUGACUUUCAAUGAUUUCAUUGUUCCUGUCUGCCUGGCAGCUCCAGCCAGCACCUUCUUCAGCGGCGUUAGCUCCUGGGUGACCGGCUGGGGUGACACUGGAUCUGGAGUCUCCCUUCCUCCCCCAGGAAACCUAAUGGAGGUGAAUGUGCCGGUCGUGGGGAACAGAGAGUGUCACUGUAACUAUGGUGCUGGCUAUAUCACAAACAACAUGAUCUGCGCCGGGUUCCGUGCUGGAGGGAAGGACUCCUGUCAGGGGGAUUCAGGUGGUCCGAUGGUGAGCAAGCAGGGCAGCCGCUGGAUCCUGGGGGGAAUCGUUAGUUUUGGAAAUGGUUGUGCCGAGCCUAAUUUCCCAGGAGUCUACACCAGAGUGUCCCAAUAUCAGACCUGGAUCAACAGCCAGAUCACCAGCAACCAGCCGGGCUUCAUCACCUUCACGUCCAGUGGAACUGACAGUGACCUCAGCAUCACCUGCGAUGACCUGCCUUAAUUAUUUGUCAUUGACAUAAAGUGUCACCCUAAACUGA